AUGUCGUUGGUGCAGCUCUAUGUGCCCACCGAGGUUUCCAGAGAUGUUAUCCAUCACAUUGGAGAGCUCAACUUGGUCCAGUUCCGUGACUUGAACAAGAACGUAACUGAUUUCCAGAGGGCCUUUGUUCAGGAGUUGAGGAAACUCGACAAUGUCGAGAGACAAUAUACUUACCUCAAGACUGAACUUGACAAGAAAGGGAUUGAGGCUAAGGUUUACCCUUACGAACAAGGUGUCGUUGCUCAAUCUGAAAUCGACGAGUAUGCAGAGACUGCCACGUUGUUGGAGUCCAGAGUGCUGGAGUUGACCGAUGCUGCUGACAACUUGUAUAACAGACAGAAGGAUUUGAAGCAAUUCAAGUCCACCGUCCAAGCUGUAGAGAACUUCUUUUCGGCCAACACUUCUCCACACCACAACUCAACAGAGGGCGAUGCUCUUUUGUCUGAGUUAGAGUCUGGCGGAGUUCCUGAGUUCCAGGCUGAAUUCAUUGCUGGUGUUAUCGACAGAACUAAGGUGUUCACCUUGCAGCAGAUCUUAUGGAGAACAUUGAGAGGUAACUUGUACUACUACACCGAGGAAAUUCUGGAGCCAGUGUACGAUCCAAAAUCGGGCUCGCACGUGGCCAAGAAUGCCUUCAUCAUCUUCUCGCACGGUUCAUUAAUUUAUCAAAGAAUCAAAAAGAUUGCUGAGUCCUUGGACGCAAACUUGUACAAGGCAGACAAGACCGCUGAGUUAAGACGGGAGCAAUUGAGCUCGUUGAAUUCCAACUUAGCUGACCUCGACGCUGUUUUGGAGCAGACCGAGUCCGCCUUGAACUCUGAACUCGUUGCUAUUUCUAGAGAAUUGAGCAAGUGGUGGGAAGUCAUUGCAAGGGAAAAGGCUGUAUAUCAAACUAUGAACCUUUGCGACUAUGAUAACUCCAGAAAGACCUUGAUUGCUGAGGGUUGGGUCCCAACUGACGAAAUUGACGACUUGAGCACCGCUGUAAAGGAGUUGAGUUCCGAGGAUUCCAUUCCUACCAUCGUCAAUGUUUUGGAGACUACCAAGACUCCUCCAACCUUCCACCGUACAAACAAGUUCACUGCUGCUUUCCAGAGUAUUUGUGAUACUUAUGGUAUUGCCAGUUACCGUGAAAUUAACCCUGGUUUGCCAACCAUCAUCACUUUCCCUUUCAUGUUCGCCAUUAUGUUCGGUGAUUUGGGUCACGGUAUUAUCAUGUUCUUGGCAGCAUUGGUGUUGGUGUUAAACGAGAAGAAAAUUGCUGCCAUGAAGAGAGACGAAAUCUUUGACAUGGCCUUUUCUGGUCGUUACAUCUUGUUGCUCAUGGGUGGUUUCUCUAUGUACACUGGUUUCUUGUACAACGAUUUGUUUUCCAAGUCAAUGGAUUUCUUCCCAUCCGGCUGGGAAUGGCCUGAGCACUUCACUCCUGGUGAGACUAUCCAUGCCAAAAAGGUUGGAGUCUACGCUAUUGGCUUGGACCCUGCUUGGCACGGUUCUGAAAAUGCCUUGCUUUUCUCGAAUUCUUACAAGAUGAAAUUGUCAGUGUUGAUGGGUUACUUGCACAUGACAUACUCGUACUUCUUCUCGUUGUCAAACGCUAUCUUCUUCCUGAACCCAAUUGAUAUCAUCGGUAAUUUCAUUCCUGGUUUGUUGUUCAUGCAGGGUAUCUUUGGCUACUUGUCAUUGUGCAUUGUCUACAAAUGGACUGUCAACUGGUUCGCCAUCCAGAAGCAGCCUCCAGGAUUAUUGAACAUGUUGAUUACUAUGUUCUUGUCCCCAGGUACCGUCGUUGAGCCUUUGUAUGAUGGCCAAUCCACUGUUCAAGUUGUUCUUUUGUUGAUUGCCUUGGUGUGUGUCCCAUGGUUGGUUCUCGUCAAGCCUCUUUACUUGAAGCGCCAGAUGGACAAGGAAGCCAAGGAACACGAAUACCAGAGAAUCGUGGAUGAGGAGUCUGAUGGCGAAUCACCAGUUGGCGAGGAACAUGACGAUGACGAAGAAGGUCACGAUGACCACAACUUCGGUGAUAUCAUGAUCCACCAGAUUAUCCACACAAUUGAGUUUUGCUUGAACUGUGUGUCGCACACUGCCUCAUAUUUGAGAUUGUGGGCAUUGUCUUUGGCCCAUGCCCAGUUGUCUACUGUGUUGUGGACUAUGACUCUUGCCAACUGUUUCGGAAUGACUGGAAUUGUUGGUGUCAUCAUGACAGUGAUCUUGUUUGCUAUGUGGUUGGUUUUGACCGUCGUGAUCUUGGUGAUCAUGGAGGGUACGUCCGCCAUGUUGCACUCGUUGAGAUUGCACUGGGUCGAGUCUAUGUCUAAGUUCUUUGAGGGUGAGGGAACAGCCUACGAGCCAUUUGGCUUCAAGGACUUAUUGGUGGACGUUUUCUAG